CUUCUUCUAUCGAAUCACAAGGCAAAUAAGUUUGCCACUUCCCCUAUAUCCAUCAGAAUCCAAUUUCAAUUUCUAUCCAACAUGUCUCCGCACCCCCAAGCAACAACCCACUCACAUUCCCUUGGCGACCCAGAAACCUUUUGGUCGCAUCACGCGGCCAGGCUCCACUGGCACCGCAAGCCUUCACGUGCCCUCACACGGCAGACAAAAUCCCUACCGAGCGGAACCAAGCACGAGCACUGGUCGUGGUUCGCCGACGGCGAGAUCUCCACAACCUACAAUUGUGUCGAUCGACAUGUGCUCUCAGGCCAUGGCGACAAUGUUGCAAUUGUAUGGGAAUCACCAGUUACAGGUAUAACGGAGAAGUAUACUUAUGCCCGCCUACUCGACGAGGUGGAGGUUCUUGCCGGUGUGCUUAGGGAGGAAGGGGUGCAAAAGGGUGAUGUUGUUAUCAUUUACAGUAGGCAAACCAACAACUUCGAUGAGGCCAUAAUGCCAAUGAUCCCCGCAGCGUUAAUAGCCGCGUUGGCAAUAGCCCGUUUAGGGGCAAUCCACGCCGCCGUCUUCGGCGGCUUCGCCCCGCAAGCUCUAGCGCAGCGCAUUGAGGCCGCGCGCCCAAGAGCUAUAAUGACAGCGUCAUGCGGAAUAGAAGGGUCCAAGGGACCCAUUUCCUACCGACCGCUCGUUGAGGGCGCUGUCAAGGCAAGCAGCUUCAAGCCGAGCAGGGUCAUUGUCUGGCAGCGUGACGAACUGCGUUGGAAUCAGCCCGAUAAGCGCGGCGGACAGCGUAAUUGGCAGAGACUCGUUAAGAGUGCACGGUUCCGUGGGGUCAAGGCAGGACCUGUUCCCGUGAAGAGUACCGACGCGCUUUAUAUUAUUUAUACAAGUGGAACAACUGGCCUCCCCAAAGGCGUCCUCCGCGAAGCAGGCGGGCACGCUGUGGGUCUGGAACUCUCCAUAAAAUCCCUCUUUGGGAUCAAAGGUCCAGGCGACACAAUGUUCUGCGCAUCAGACAUAGGCUGGGUUGUUGGACAUUCGUACAUUCUCUAUGGGCCGCUGCUAGUGGGCGCCACAACCGUCCUGUUCGAAGGCAAGCCCGUCGGCACACCGGACGCCGGAACGUUCUGGCGCAUCGUCGAGAAACACAAUGUAAAUGCGCUCUUCACGGCCCCAACAGCCAUGCGAGCUAUCCGGAAAGAUGACCCGGAGGACCAGCUUAUCGGCGAGGUCGGAAAGCGUGGAGGGUUGAAAUCUCUCCGUGCGCUUUUCCUCGCCGGUGAGCGUAGCGAGCCCAGUAUUGUUAGCUCAUACCAAGAUCUGCUUGGUAAGUAUGCAGCGGAUGGUGCACUUGUCGUUGAUAACUGGUGGUCAUCUGAAUCUGGAUCUCCGAUUACGGGUGUUGCGUUGGAUGGGAGCGCUGCCCUUGCUGGCCUGGCAUCCGGACCAGAUCAUUCUCCCCUUGCGACCCGUCCCGGUUCGGCAGGAUUCCCAAUGCCAGGGUUUGACGUCCGCAUCGUCGACGACGAAGGCAGUGAAGUCCCGCGCGGCACAAUGGGUAAUAUUGUUAUGGCACCACCGCUCGCCCCGUCGGCAUUCACGACCCUCUUCGAAGACGAGGAGCGGUUUUACCGUGGGUAUCUUAAGCGGUUCAAUGGCCGCUGGGUUGAUACCGGUGAUGCGGGCAUGGUUGAUAAGGAUGGCUACGUGCACAUUAUGUCGCGAAGUGACGAUAUCAUCAAUGUUGCCGCACAUCGGUUCAGUACUGGAUCCAUCGAACAAGCAAUCCUCUCGCACCCAUCGAUCAGCGAAGCAAGCGUCGUCGGCAUUCCCGAUCCCCUGAAAGGCCACCUUCCCUUUGCAUUCAUCCAGCUCAAAGCUGGUGCGAUCCCCGUAGAAUCCGGGAUUCUUCCGGCAACUCCUAGCCCGCACUUAUUUGCUGAGAUUAACGGGCUGGUUCGCGAGCAGAUAGGGGCUAUUGCGUCGCUAGGUGGCAUUAUACAGGGUCGGGGGAUGAUCCCUAAGACGCGGAGUGGGAAGACGCUUAGGCGUGUUCUUAGAGAGCUUGUCGAGAUUGGGGUAAAGGGGGAUUAUGCAGCGGAGGUUAGUGUACCGCCUACUGUUGAGGAUGCGGAGGUUGUUUCUGUUGCGAGGGAGAGGGUUAGGGAGUAUUUUGAGGAGAAGACCAAGGCAAGGAAGGCGAAACUUUAG